AUGACAUACUCUACCGACAUCUCUGGAGCGAUAUCUGAAAAAGUGGUAAUGCGACAUUCAUUUUGGGAAACAUGUUCAAAACUUCUUCAACUUCCCAUUGAAUUAUUAGAAUCAAUAAGUUUAGAACUAGACGUAUGUUCUUUAUGGAAUCUAUUGGAUACAUGUACUUCUUGUCGAUACCCACUAUUGGCGUCUCACCGUAUUUGGCAACGACUUAUUUUCAAUCUUGACUGCGGGCUUUCUGCUGUCUAUGCUGCACUUCGACGUUUCCGUGAUUCGAAUGGUCUUGGUUUACGUUUACUAGUGAAAGAAGUAGUGAUGGAUGGUACGGAUGAUUCAAUGAUAUCACCCAUUGUUAUGAUGGUCAAGUUCCCAAGGAUGCAAAAGCUCAGUGCUAAACAUCGUAGAUUCAACACCAAUUUGGAGGCAGAUACAAAGAUUUUACAGGAAUUAAUGAAACGUGGUUCACUAGAAGAAAACAGUUUGGCUUUGGAACAAUUGGACAUAUAUCAUUAUUACAUGGAUCAGGAACCUCAUCUGGAUGUAUAUCAAAAGACAUUGAAUAGGCUCAGUCAACAUGGAAAGGUAUCUUUGGAUGUACGACGAUGUAAGGAAUGGAAUGGAGAAAGAAGUAGAAGAAGUAUCGAUAUACCACAACAACAAGAAGAAGAAAUAUUAGAACAACUAGAUGAUUUAAAUAUUCAUCGUGACAAUAAUUAUUGUCACAAAGUGAUAUCAACAACAGCAACGUGUUGGAAAUGUGAUUAUGAAUUCAAACGAUGCUGGCAUUGUGUCACCCAUUGUACUCAAUGUCGAUCAGUAAGGUUACCGCCUCUAGCAAAUGAUAAUUCUCGCAAACAAUUGAAACUUCGAUCUCAACAAGAUGAAGAUACAAGUAUGGAUCAGGAUCUGAAGGAACAAUUUAGUUUAUUUGAAUAGUUUUUAGUAUGUUGAUUGAAAUAAAUUGAAGUAUUUUUUUUAUUUGA